GGUGCGUGCGGUCCCGCUCCCCCGGACGGCAGCGCAGCGCCCGCGCCCCGUCGGGCAGCGGGCGGSCGGCGGGGCUGAAGCGGCCGCUCCGCUCCGUGCCCAGCCGUGCCCCCUGCCCUCGCCAUGCCCAGAGCCUUCCUGGUGAAGCGCCGGAGCCCGCAGCCGGCGGUGCGCAGCUGGGAUGGGCUGCCCGACGAGGAGAGAGCCGACACCUACAUCCCAGGCGCGAUCGGCUGCGUGCUGCUGGGCUACGAAGACAGCUGCAGCCUGGAGAGCAGCGGCAGCAGCGGGACCCGGGACGCCGAGCCCAGCGAYCCCCCGACGCCGCAGCCUGCCCCCGGCGAGCUGGGCACGGCCGGGGGGAUGCUGCUGGACCUGGCCGUCAAGCGCCCCAUGGUCAGGUCAAAAAUCAAGUUCACCACGGGCACCUGCAACGACGCCGCCCUGCAUAGCUGCGAGCUGUGUGGCAAAGGCUUUCGCCUGCAGAGGAUGCUCAACCGACACAUCAAGUGCCACAGCCAGGUGAAGAGACACUUGUGCACCUUCUGUGGAAAAGGCUUCAACGACACCUUUGAUCUGAAAAGGCAUGUCCGGACCCAUACUGGGAUUCGCCCUUACAAAUGUGAGGUUUGCAACAAGGCCUUCACGCAGCGCUGCUCGCUGGAGUCGCACCUGAAGAAGAUCCACGGCGUGCAGCAGCAGUAYGCCUACAAGCAGAGGAGGGACAAGCUGUACGUGUGCGAGGACUGCGGCUACACVGGCCCCACGCAGGAGGAUCUGUACCUGCACGUCAGCGGCGUCCACCCCGGCAGUGCCUUCCUGAAGAAAACCUCCAAAAAACUCGCGGCCGUCCUGCAAACCAAACUGAGCCCUGUCCUGCAGAGGAACUCCACAGAGGACGGCAAGGACGAGUGACACGGGGGGCGAGCGGCACUCUGCAGGAAUGAAGUUUACAUGUAGGACUACGUAUUUUAUUUUUUUAAGAACAAUUUUUGAAAGAAACACCUGAUGCAUUUGUUAACGGGACUCUCUCGGUGUUGGUAAAACCUCAAGUUGACAGGAAUAUUCCAUUUGUGGUGGAAACAUCAGACUUUUUUUUUUUUUUAACUGGCCAAUAAAAACGGGACAUUUUCAAAGGC